AUGGCACCAUCAAGCCCUAAGGCUGUGAGCCGCGGCCGCCCGACUGAAACCCUUUCAGACAGGAUUCUCGGCACUUUCAUAAGCAGUGCAUUUGACUCUCAACAUCGCUUCUUGUCGCAAGGGUCAAUGGAAGAGCUUGUCACCAAGGAGUCAAUUCUCAACACCUUUCUGAGAGGACGGCAAUGGAGGAACGAGGGCCCUAAGCUAAUUUCAGAUGAGCAGCUCGCAGAUUACAUUCUCAAGCAUGCCAGAACAAUCUUCGCAAUUGCUGUAAUGCUUGCACUUCCUGGAAGUGAGCUGAGAGAGGGAAUGCGACAAGGCCAGGAACGAGAGAUGUCCGAUCAGCAUUUGCCCAUAGAUACAACAUACUGGUCUGGGGAGCACGUCAAUUCCGACGGAACAUCUUCCUUUAUCGAAGACUACGAAGAUGAAAUAUGGUCUCCUGCCAGGAUAGACCUUUUCUGUCGCGCGCAGUGGCAAUUUCUGGCCCCUGUCUUCUCCAUCAGCAAGCUCAAUCAUGAUCUGAGCCCUCACUGUGUCUUACCUUUCACAGACAAGAUUCAGGAAUGUAGAAUGGGAGCGUUCGGACAAGUAUCAGGAUAUGCAAUCCAUCCAUCGCAUCUCGUCGAUUCGAAUGACAAAGAUUUUCACUGCCCCAAGUACGUCGCUGUGAAAAGAAUUAAUGACGAGGAAGCCGACCGGCAAAAGAUGGUCCAUAGCUGGGAGAGGGAAGCAGACAUCCUGCAGAAGAUGAAUCAACUGAACCAACCCCACAUUGUUCGGUUUCUUACGGCCUUCCGACGAGGAUCCCCCGGACAAGAGGAACACUUUUUGAUGAUGGAAUGGGCAAACGGUGGGAAUCUCCGGGACUUUUGGCGAAAGUUUGAUCGUCCAACUUUGACAGGGGAUUUGACAAAGGCAACACUGCGCCAGAUUCUGGGACUAGCCGAAGCAAUCAGCAAAGCACAUUAUCCCGUGUCUACCUCCGGCUUGAACUUUCGACAUGGUGACUUGAAACCAGAGAACAUCCUUUGGUUCAAGGACGGCGGUGAUGUUGAUGGGAUUGGCUUGCUCAAGAUUGGGGACUGGGGUCUUGCAAAGCAACACCGAUUCGUCACCGAGUUGCGAAGCAACAAGACCACCACUAGGUGGGGUACUCGCGCCUAUGAGCCACCAGAGGAAGCGGCUAGUCAGGGAGCGAAGCUCCUGGUACCGGGACAGUCCGGAAAGAAGAGAUCCCGCCUUUACGACAUUUGGGCCAUGGGUUGUAUCACGCUGGAGUUCUGGAUCUGGUUGGUCUAUGGCCUCGAACAAUUGGAAGAGUUCACCGCCAGAAUCUAUCUCAGUAACCCCGAUGCCCCGCGCUUCUACCAAGUCAAGCGUGAUUCUAGCAACCAACUCAUAGCUACAGUCCACGAUGUUGCUGUGCGAUGGAUGGAGCACAUGGCAAAAGAUCCCAUCUUCAAGGUGGGCCAAACUGCUCUGGGUAACCUCCUCGAAGUUGUCCAGACUCGACUGCUUGUUGUCAAGCUUCCCGAGCGACUCGGUACAUCAGCAAUCACUUCGGAUGACACCAUGGCACCUCAGCAGGACGUCGUUCGCGAGCCAAUCGUCAACAGAUCGGCUGAUUCGCCAGCGAACGCCACCGAGGCCCAGCACGUCGUUGCACUAGACAUUGCACUAGAACCCCCUGACAUUGUCGUCAGUGGUCCGGGAGCCAAGGAGACAGGACAAAAGCAGGAAGUCGAUCCGGGCACUAACAGAGCAUUCUCCAAAGGUGGCCGGGAACGUGCACGCUCAAAUCAGUUCUAUGACUCCAUGCUUGAAAUAGAAGGUGAGGAUGAGGAUGACAGCUACUGGUGA